AUGGCAAGUUGGAAAACCACCCUUCUACUUCUUACUCUUUUUCUCCUUUCUCUGUUUCUCGAGCUUCUCCUAGCUCAAGCUACUAUUAUCAAUUCCAUUGAUGGUGGUAUGAACAAGGGCUGCAUUGAGGUAGAGCGGAAAGCGCUUCUAGAAUUCAAAAAUGGACUGAAAGAACCUUCACGUACGCUUUCUUCCUGGGUUGGUGCAGAUUGCUGCAAGUGGAAAGGUGUGGAUUGCAACAACCAAACAGGGCAUGUUGUCAAGGUUGACCUCAAAUAUGGUGGUUUGGGUGGUGAGAUAAGUGAUUCCUUACUUGACUUGAAACAUUUAAAUUACUUGGACCUAAGUUUUAAUGAUUUUCAAGGAAUUCCAAUUCCAAAUUUCUUGGGCUCAUUUGAAAGGUUGAGAUACCUUAAUCUCUCUCAUGCAGCAUUUGGUGGAAUGAUUCCUCCCCAUCUUGGAAAUUUGUCACAGUUAUGUUAUCUUGAUCUUAGUGGAGAUUACUACUCUCGUGCUCCAUUAAUGAGGGUUCAUAAUUUGAAUUGGCUUUCUGGUCUUUCUUCUUUAAAAUACCUUGAUCUGGGGAAUGUGAACCUUAGUAAAGCAACCACAAAUUGGAUGCAAGCUGUAAACAUGCUUCCAUUUUUGUUAGAAUUACAUUUGUCCCAUUGUGAACUCGGUGACUUCCCUCACUCCAUUUCGUUUGUUAAUUUGACUUCUCUUUUGGUCAUUGACCUCUCCCACAACAAUCUCAGCACUACCUUUCCUGGCUGGUUGUUUAACAUCAGCACCCUCACGGAUCUUUAUUUAAAUGAUGCUAGUAUUGGAAGUGAAGGAAUUGAAUUGGUGAAUGGUUUAUCGACAUGCGCUAAUAAUUCCUUGGAACGGUUACACUUGGGUGGUAAUCGAUUCGGUGGUCAGUUGCCAGAUUCAUUAGGGCUCUUUAAGAAUUUAAAAUCCCUGGACUUGAGCUAUAAUAGUUUUGUUGGUCCCUUCCCCAAUUCAAUUCAACACCUUACCAACUUAGAGAGUCUUAAUCUGAGGGAAAACUCCAUCUCAGGUCCAAUUCCAACAUGGAUUGGAAACUUGCUGCGGAUGAAGAGACUUGACUUGUCAAACAAUCUAAUGAAUGGGACGAUUCCAAAAAGUAUCGGACAACUUAGAGAGCUGACUGUGUUGUAUCUUAAUUGGAAUUCUUGGGAAGGGGUAAUGUCUGAAAUUCAUUUCAGUAAUCUUACAAAACUGGAAUAUUUCUCUUCACACUUAUCACCCACAAAGCAGUCUUUCCGUUUUCAUGUGAGACCUGAAUGGAUUCCUCCCUUCAGUCUCAUGUCUAUCGAUAUUUCCAACUGCAAUGUAUCUCUCAAAUUCCCUAACUGGAUUAGAACUCAAAAAAGACUUCACUUCAUAACCCUAAAAAAUGUGGGGAUUUCAGAUACAAUACCAGAAUGGCUUUGGAAACUAUAUUUUUUGUGGUUAGAUCUUUCUAGAAACCAAUUGUAUGGAAAGCUUCCCAACUCAUUAUCCUUUAGCCCAGCAUCAGUCCUGGUGGAUUUAAGCUUCAACCGCUUGGUGGGCCGAUUACCACUUUGGUUUAAUGCGACAUGGCUCUUUCUCGGAAACAAUUCAUUUUCAGGUCCAAUUCCCUUGAACAUCGGGGACUUAUCAAGUUUGGAAGUCCUCGAUGUUUCUAGUAACUUGUUAAAUGGCAGCAUUCCUUCAUCAAUGAGUAAACUAAAGGAUUUGCGAGUAAUUGAUCUCUCAAACAAUCAAUUAUCUGGAAAGAUUCCAAAGAAUUGGAGUGAUUUGCAGCAUCUUGACACCAUAGACCUAUCCAAGAACAAACUGUCUGGUGGGAUUCCGAGUUGGAUGUGUUCAAAAUCUUCACUUACUCAGUUGAUAUUGGGUGACAACAAUCUUACUGGGGAACUCACUCCAAGUUUACAAAACUGCACAGGGCUGUCCUCCCUUGAUCUGGGGAAUAACAGGUUUUCGGGUGAGAUACCCAAAUGGAUUGGAGAAAGAAUGCCAUCACUGGAGCAGAUGCGUCUACGAGGCAACAUGUUGACGGGAGAUAUUCCUGAGCAAUUGUGUUGGCUUUCUCAUCUCCACAUUUUGGAUCUUGCAGUGAACAAUUUAUCAGGAUUCAUCCCACAAUGCUUAGGCAAUUUAACUGCUUUAAGUUUUGUGGCCUUAUUAAACAGAAAUUUUGACAACCUCGAAUCUCAUGGCUCCUAUUCGGAGAGCAUGGAGCUAGUUGUAAAGGGACAAAAUAUGGAAUUUGAUAGCAUAUUGCCAAUUUUGAAUUUGAUAGAUCUUUCUAGCAAUAACAUUUGGGGAGAGAUCCCAAAAGAGAUCACAAAUCUCUCGACCCUGGGUGCCUUGAAUUUGUCCCGAAACCAGUUGACUGGAAAGAUACCUGAGAAGAUUGGAGCCAUGCAAGGGCUAGAAACUCUUGACCUCUCAUGGAACUGCCUGUCAGGCCCAAUUCCUCCGAGCACGUCUUCUAUAACCUCAUUGAACCAUUUGAACCUAUCGCAUAACCGCCUGUCAGGACCAAUUCCAACAACCAACCAGUUCUCGACAUUCAAUGAUCCAUCCAUUUAUGAGGCGAACCCAGGACUUUAUGGGCCUCCAUUGUCAACCAACUGCUCCACUCUAAAUGAUCAAGAUCACAAAGAUGAGGAGGAAGAUGAAGGUGAAUGGGACAUGUCAUGGUUCUUCAUAAGCAUGGGAUUGGGCUUUCCGGUGGGAUUUUGGGCUGUAUGUGGUAGUUUGGCUCUAAAGAAGUCUUGGAGGCAGGCAUAUUUUCGGUUCAUUGAUGAAACCAGAGAUAGGCUAUAUGUUUUCACUGCAGUGAAUGUGGCUCGUCUUAAAAGGAAGAUGGAAACAAAUGGAGUUCAUCGUUGA